CUCAACUAACACAAGACCGAGCUGACGGACCACAGUUUCUGCUUUUAGGUUUAAUAUGAUUUGUAUGGGUUCAAAAGUGAAUAGAAACUAGCCUUUAACAGAGAGCCUAGUGCGUCUUAAAUUUUAUCGGAAAAAAACAUCAGGGACUUUGAAAUAAAGGGGCUGCGCAUGCGUAUUGGAAUCGCCACGCUGUUCAGUCCCUGCGUUUAUCUGUUGGCGGGAACAACAAAAAAGCUGACUUUCUGACUGAAGAUCUUCGUUGAACUUAAUUUAAGAAGAUGUCCAAGAAGAAAGGCCUGAGUCUGGAGGAGAAACGAAGCCGGAUGAUGGAGAUAUUCUUCGAAACGAAAGACGUGUUUCAGCUGAAGGACAUUGAAAAAAUCGCCCCAAAAACCAAAGGCAUCACUCCCAUGUCGGUGAAAGAAGUGCUGCAGAGUCUGGUGGAUGACAACAUGGUGGACUCGGAGCGAGUCGGAACCUCAAAUUAUUUCUGGGCUUUUCCCAGUAAAGCGCUUCACGCCCGCAAGCGCAAACUGGAGGAUCUGGAGAAACUGCACGAGGACGGAAAGCAGCGGCAAUCGGUUCUUCAGCAGGCCGUUAAAAAAGCCAAAGAGGGACGACAAGAUACCGAGGAGAGAGCAGAUCUUCACAAGGAGCUCACAUCCCUGAGAGAGCAGAGAGACACGCUGCGUGCUGAGCUGGAGAAGUAUAAAGAGUGUGAUCCAGAAGUGGUGGAGGAAAUGCGUAAAGACAACGUCACAGCGAAGGAAGCCGUGUCCAGAUGGACUGAUAAUGUGUUUGCUAUCAAAUCAUGGGCCAAGAGAAAGUUCAGCAUGGAUGAUAAUCAAUUGGAUAAAGCAUUCGAGAUUCCAGAAGACUUCGACUACCUGGACUGAACAAGUGUCCACACACACACACACACACACACAAACACACACAUAAAACACACACCACAUGGUAAAUAAAUGCUAUACAUUAUUUGCUCAAAUGCUAUCCGUGUAAAUAAUUAUAUGUAAACAAAUCUUUAUGUUCUAAUGUUACGUGGUUUCUAUAGAAACAACAAUGUUUGGUUUCUAUAGAAACAAAGAGCUUUACAAUACGAAGUGUGUUCUGUUUCUUUAGUAAACUUCGUUUCAGAAGUUUUGCUCUGGACCUAUGAGGCUAAUGUAGAUGAUAGCUUCCAGUUUAUUACAUUGGCUUUGACAUGUUUUAUAAUUCGUUUCAUGGUUGGUUUGAUUAAAAAAGAAGGACCAACAAACAAAGGUACGCUUCUGAGUUUGAAAUGAAGGCCUUUAGAAAUGAAAUCUGCGUAAAACCUUUGCUGAUGUUUUGUUUUUUCAUUCGACGAAUGUCAUCUGAUUUUUGCCUGUGUUCAGUAUUUUGGGUUGUAAAUAAAUGCCUUUUCCCUCUCCCGACUGAAACAGACCGCUGGUGUGCUUUGUAUAUGAGACACGAAACAAAUACAGUACAACUUGUGAUGGCAGACAAAGAUGUUGGUGUAUUGUACGUGAUAAUAUUUCAGAUUUAAUGCUAGCGUGUCAUAAAUGGUGUAUGAAUGAGUCAUAAAUGUACACUUGUGCACGGCUUUUAUCUGUGUUUGUCAUUCGUGAGUCAUACAUGAGGCUGUAAAGAGGCUAAACAUUAUGUUGAGAGGAAAAAAACAGAAGCAAUCAGACUGGAAUAGACAUUUUAAUGAUGUGUUAAAGAGUUUUGAUGAACCACUGUGUUUUGGACUGCAGUGGGUGCACAGACUUAGCAACCAGGUUGCCAGAUUGGUAAUUUCCAACCUGACUGCAAGUUUCAAUGCUAAUCAUAAACCCAAGGCUCAUUCAAGAUCCAUAAACAGAAAUCUUGUCGGUCAUAUAUACGGUUCUGUCUCUGAAAUGCAAAAUAAACUACACGGGGAUUUGUGUUCAUGGAAAAUAAGCUACACUAAGGACCUUUUUUUUACAUUCCUAUUGGACCAUAAAUAGUAAAAUUGUAUGUGAAUAAACUCAACCCGGCAACACAGGAGAAUGACUAGUGUUUGGUUACCAGGUUGGAGAAAAACCCACGUUUUAUAUUACUGUAAGCAUUUUCAUUCAAAUUACAGUCAAUGACUUUGUCUGAUUUUGUACGUUUUAUCCGUUUACAGUUACGCUUAAUGUUGCAGAGCUUACUUUAUAGCAACUACAAACAGCUGUUUUUAGCAGUAGUUUUAGUAACCUGUUUUAACUGUAUACAAUAUAACCGUAUAAAUUAAUCUACACUUUUAACCUGUUUUAAUCAGAGUUUUAUUUCAUGCAACACUCAGGCAACCAAUAAAUGCUACAAAUUAAUCACAAAUGAAAAAAAUAAAUCCCAGAUUAACAGCCAUGGAUUAGCACUAAUCUAAUUCUGAGUGAUCUAACCAAACUAAAACUGGGACUAGUUUUCGGACUUAAUAACUCUGCGUUAAUAUUAAACAUAACUGCACCAUUUUUUGUAUGAUGAAUAUAUUUAAAUUACUCUAGAUCAUGUAGCUUUUUUUGUCCUGCACUAAAUGUUAAUCUUAGGAGUUUAAGUACUUGGCGUCAACAGUCCAGAGUGGAGAAAGGUGUCUGGAGUUCUGUGUGAUAGAAAAAUAUCAGCGAGAAUCAAGGGGAAGGUGUAAAAGACAGUGUUGAGACCGGCCAUGCUGUAUGGUUCAGAGGCAGUGUCACUGAGGAAGAGACAGGAGUCAGAGCUGGAGGUAGCAGAGCUGAAGAUGUUGUGGUUCUCUUUGGGAGUGACACGGUUGGACAGGAUUCGGAACGAGUACAUCAUGUUGGAUGUUUGGGGGAUGAAGUUAGGGAGGCCAGAUUAAGAUGGUUUGGACAUGUUCAGAGGAGGGAGAGUGAGUAUAUUGGUAGGAGAAUGUUGGACAUGGAGCUGCCAGGCAGGAGGCAAAGAGGAAGGCCAAAGAGGAGGUAUAUGGAUGGAAUAAAUGAGGAUAUGAAGCUAGUGGGUGCAAGUGUUGAGGAUGCAGAAGAUAGGGAUAGGUGGAGAGAGAUGAUUUGAUGCAGAGACCCCUGAAGGGAAAAGCCCAAAGAAGAAAAAGACUAAAUGUUAAUCUUCACAUCAUCACCCAUAUUUUAAAGGUUUAAAGCCACAAUUAACACUUGGGACAACACAAAUGAAAACAAAUCCGGGAUUAGUGCUAAUCUGAUUUAGUUGCAGUUUUUGUGUUAAACUAGGAUUAAAUGAUAGGAUAAAUAAAAUAGGAUGCACGUAAUCUGGAUUAUUUCAAAGUUUAAGGUUUAACAGAGCAACAUUAAUCAAUACAAUCUUUUUUAUUGUUUUUAUUUCUGGAAAAAAAAUUGAUGUCAAAGGUAUAGCGUGUAUAAUGUUUGUAUAAUGUGUAUGUUUUAACCUCUGUUUAAAAGGUUUUCCUCAGAGUUUGAAAGGCAAAAAAUAAAUCCCAGAUGAACAAAUUCUGGAUUAGACCUAAUCUAAUCUGCUCCUUGUUUGUGGAAAAUAGCUACAUUUUUUGACGUAAAGCAAAAACUAGCAUUGAAUUAAGCACUAAAUGCAAUCUGUAUUGUCUUGAAGUUUCACAGAGCAGGAUUAAUACAUUAAAAAAAUUUGGCUUUUAGUCCUGGUUAAAGUUAAAAUGUGGUAGUUUCGUUUUUGCAGCCUGGUUUUAUUGUGUUUAUU